AUCGAGGUAAUUUUUUACUAAACAUUGAAACACCUAAAGCCUAUCGAAAUUAUUUGGUAUUACUUCGGUUGAAAUUUUGAUUUGUCUUGUGCUCGAAAAUUAUUUCCUUCCUCGGAAAGUUAAAUAUCUAUUCCGAUAAUUAUCCAUUCGCCAAACAGAACCAUGUCUGCCGGAGCUGUGGUACAAAAAUUAGCAAAACCACAAUUACGUGGACUUUAUGAUAAGAAAACCAAGUUCCACCUUGUGUUUAGUGUUGUACUAUCCAUUGGAGUUGGCGUGGCAUACAAAUAUGGCAUUGGUGAACCCCGUAAGAAGGCUUACGCAGAAUUUUACAAAAACUAUGAUGCAGAAAAGGACUUUGAAAGAAUGAGGAAAUUAGGACUUUUCUCAUCUUGCCCUGCCGAUGAUUAAAAUAACCUAUGUCAUAAUGUAACUAACUAGUUGUUCUAUGUAAAUUUAUUUGAUCAGAAAAGUCAAUGAAUACACUUUUGUAUUGAUAAAAUAUAAUUAAUUUUUAUGUGCUA